CCGAGGAGAAAGGCGCCGGGCCGGAGCCGCCGGGAGCCGCCGCCGCCGCGUCCCGCGCCCCCCGCCCUCCUCGCCGGCCCGGGAAGGGGGAGCCGCCCGCAGUGGCGCCCGCGCGGGGCGGAAGAAGAGAAGUAAGCUGCUUCGAAAUUCAGCCACAUGAUCUGUCGGGAUGGAUGUUUGUCUGACAUAUUAUAUAGAGUUUUAUGCCGAUGUUCUUCGUAUUUAUCACACUUCAGAUUCAUUGAACUUGUAAGAUUUGUAGAUUUGACUUAUUUUAAAAAAUAAAAUUUGGGGAGUUUUGAUUUUGUUAAACUUUUUUCCCUGCACCUUCCCUGCACUCUCUGGGACCCCAAGAAUGUUGGAAUUGGACGGUGUAAGUGAUUAAGGUGGUACUGAGGGUCUGAAGCCUAUGAAAGGCAGAAACUCAACCAUGAUUACUUUUUCAACUCUAGAGCAUUUCCUUUCCCUUCCUUGAAGUCUUCGUUUGACCUUAGUCUGAGGCGGUUGCACUUAAGCAUGAACAUUGACGACAAACUGGAAGGAUUGUUUCUUAAAUGUGGCGGCGUAGACGAGAUGCAGUCUUCCAGGGCAAUGGUGGUGAUGGGUGGCGUGUCGGGCCAGGCGGCCGUGUCUGCAGAGCUGCAGGAGUCGGUCCUUCAGGAUCGGAGCAUGCCUCACCCGGAGAUCCUCGCUGCCGACGAAGUGCUACAGGAAAGCGAAAUGAGGCAGCAGGACAUGAUCCCUCAUGACGAGCUCAUGGUGCACGAGGAGACGGUGAAGAACGAUGAGGAGCAGAUGGAAACCCAUGAAAGGCUUCCGCAGGGGCUCCAGUACGCACUUAAUGUCCCCAUAAGUGUAAAGCAGGAAAUUACUUUUACUGAUGUAUCUGAGCAACUGAUGAGAGACAAAAAACAAAUCAGAGAGCCAGUAGACUUACAGAAAAAGAAGAAACGGAAGCAACGUUCUCCUGCAAAAAUCCUUACAAUAAAUGAGGAUGGAUCACUUGGUUUGAAAACCCCUAAAUCUCACGUUUGUGAGCACUGCAAUGCUGCCUUUAGAACGAACUAUCACUUACAGAGACAUGUCUUCAUUCACACAGGUGAAAAACCAUUUCAAUGUAGUCAGUGUGACAUGCGUUUCAUACAGAAGUACCUCCUCCAGAGACACGAGAAGAUCCACACCGGUGAAAAACCAUUUCGCUGUGAUGAAUGUGGUAUGAGGUUCAUACAAAAAUACCAUAUGGAAAGGCAUAAGAGGACUCACAGCGGCGAAAAACCUUACCAGUGCGAAUACUGUUUACAGUAUUUUUCCAGAACAGAUCGUGUAUUAAAACAUAAGCGAAUGUGCCAUGAAAACCAUGACAAAAAACUAAACAGAUGUGCCAUCAAAGGUGGCCUUCUGACAUCUGAAGAAGAUUCUGGCUUUUCAACAUCACCGAAAGAUAACUCACUGCCAAAAAAGAAAAGGCAGAAAACCGAGAAGAAAGCAUCUGGGUUGGACAAAGAGAGUGCUUUGGACAAAUCUGACUUGAAGAAGGACAAAAACGAUUACUUGCCCCUUUAUUCUUCAAGUACUAAAGUGAAAGAUGAGUACAUGGUAGCCGAGUAUGCUGUUGAAAUGCCGCAUUCUUCUGUGGGGGGGUCGCAUUUAGAAGAUGCGUCGGGAGAAAUACACCCCCCUAAGUUGGUUCUCAAAAAAAUAAACAGUAAGAGAAGUUUGAAGCAGCCACUGGAGCAAAAUCAAACGAUCUCACCUUUAUCCACAUAUGAGGAGAGCAAAGUUUCCAAAUACGCUUUUGAGCUCGUGGAUAAGCAGGCGCUGCUGGACUCCGAAGGCAAUGCCGACAUCGACCCUGUGGACAACCUACAGGAGGGGCCCAGCAAACCUGUGCACAGCAGCACCAACUACGACGACGCCAUGCAGUUCCUGAAGAAGAAGCGAUACCUUCAAGCCGCGAGUAAUAACAGCAGGGAGUAUGCACUCAACGUGGGUACCAUCGCUUCUCAGCCUUCUGUCACCCAAGCAGCUGUGGCGAGUGUCAUUGAUGAAAGCACCACGGCCUCCAUACUAGACUCACAGGCACUGAAUGUGGAGAUUAAGAGUAAUCAUGACAAAAGCGUUAUUCCGGAUGAGGUACUACAGACUCUGUUGGAUCAUUACUCUCAUAAAGCUAAUGGACAGCAUGAGAUAUCGUUCAGUGUGGCGGACACUGAGGUCACUUCUAGCAUAUCAAUAAAUUCUUCCGAAGUCCCUGAGGUUACCCAGUCGGAGAAUGUUGGAUCAAGUUCUCAAGCGUCCUCAUCAGAUAAAGCCAACAUGCUGCAGGAAUACUCCAAGUUUCUGCAGCAGGCUUUGGACAGAACUAGCCAAAAUGAUGCCUAUUUGAAUAGCCCGAGCCUUAACUUUGUGACUGAUAACCAGGCCCUUCCAGCUCAGCCAGCAUUCUCGUCCAUAGACAAGCAGGUGUAUGCAGCCAUGCCCAUCAAUAGCUUUCGAUCAGGAAUGAAUUCUCCGCUAAGAACAACUCCAGAUAAGUCUCACUUUGGACUCAUAGUUGGUGAUUCACAGCACUCAUUUCCCUUUUCAGGUGAUGAGACAAACCAUGCAUCAGCCACAUCAACACAGGACUUUCUGGAUCAAGUGACUUCUCAGAAGAAAGCGGAGGCCCAGCCUGUCCACCAAGCUUACCAAAUGAGCUCCUUCGAACAGCCCUUUCGUGCUCCCUACCACGGAUCAAGAGCGGGAAUCGCUGCCCAAUUUAGCACUGCCAAUGGACAGGUGAACCUUCGGGGACCAGGCACAAGUGCUGAAUUUCCGGAAUUUCCCUUGGUGAAUGUAAAUGAGAAUAGAGCUGGGCUGACAUCUUCACCUGAUGCCACGACUGGCCAGACAUUUGGCUAAAAACAAAAGUGUAAAUAAUAUUGGCACUUUAGAACAGAUGUAUCAAGAGCGGGGUUACUCUGUGUAAAAUGGAGUGCUGUACAGAGUAAAGAGUGAUGCGUUAUAACAAGUUAAGCUGAUGCGAAUAGCAAGAUAAUCCAGUAACUGCAUUUUGUUUGGUUAGUCAGCAUUCUUUGAACUGCCUUACACGUCGUCAACUUUAUAGAAGCAAUGCAUAACUUGUUUUAGAUCCGAAACUUGCUAUUCCACCUACACCAAGUUAAAAGGAGAAAAAAAAAAAGACUCGCACAAUUGUUUCCUAACUGAUAACAUUGUACAUUCUUAGGAGAUUAGUAAUUGUGUGAAAUUUACUCAUACUGUUUCUAAGUUUUUCAGCAUAGUCAUUGCACUUCAGCAGGGAAUCUGAGUCUACUUUACAGACAGAGUGAACUUAAAAGUUUAAAUGUCAAGAGAUUAUGGCUUAAAUAAUUUAGUAUGUCUAAUAGGGGGAAAAGAAACCAAGAAACCACCUUAAAAAAUGAUAUGCCAUAUACCUUGAUUUUAAUUUUGCGUUAUAUUGACAUGUUUUUUUUUUUUUGAGAAAAAAGUAAUAAAAAUCUCUUAGUCCAAGACUCCACUAUUUAAAAGCCUAAUUACUUUUAAAAUAUGCAUACUUUCAAAACUUCUACCAAAAUAAUAACUGUUAAAGCAUUCACUUCUCUAUGGAAGAAUGCAUAUUGGUGUCAGUUUCUUUGUACAGUUGUACCUAGAUAUUUUUUAUGAUUUUUUUCAUGUGCCGGUAUCGAGGUUUUGAAGUUUUAGUAAAAAGAAAUAUUCUGUAGAUUACAUUCCCAAGAACAUAAUGCUUACACAAAAUGUAUAUUCCAAGUUUUAAAGCUAAUUGUAUUUUACUUUACAUAUACACUUCAGUUAACAUAGAGCACUUAGAAACUAUUUGGUAUUUUUGAUUUCUCAAAGUAAAAAAAAAACAAAUAGAUUUAUAGACUUGAUAUCAUUGUGUCAUAAUCAUCUCAUAAUUGACAAAUUUAAUUUUUGGCAAUAAAAGAAAAUUGGGUAUCUUUGGAACUGUAAAACCUGGUUAAUCCUCUUUUUAGAAUAAUUAAACAGUAUCCAGAGAAACUAAAGAACCGGGCAUUUUAAUUGCUUAUUUUAUCUUGCGUUCCUUUUUAAUGAACACUGCUCAUGACAAUUUUACAAACCAAAAGUGUUUACUAAUUCUAGUAACUGCAAUUUCUUUUUCAGCUAGAUGAGUGAUCGGAAACUUUUUGUUGCAUUUCAAAAUCUAAAUAAACUACAGACUUUAUCCUUA